ACUAGGCGAAGUUCAAGGAUGUCACUAAUACAAAUUAUAAAUCAAAUUCUUUCUUCAGGACAGUAUAAGAGUGUUUUAGCACCCUUAAAAGGUCUCAGAAAUGGAGCAGUAUAUGGAGCUAAGAUUAGGGCUCCUCAUGCCCUGGUAAUGACAUUUUUAUUCAAAGGAGGACCACUUAUGAACCAAUUGAAAGGUAUUCUAGAGGCAACCUUCACCCAUUCGAAAAAUUUGGCUUCCUUUGUUUUCAUAUAUAAAAGUAUAUCGUCAGUACUAGAAAAACUACAAGGAGAUCGGUAUCAAUUUCAUUCAUUUGUGGCAGCUUUCAUAGGCGGUUACAUCGUUUUUGGAAGAUACAACAAAAUCAACGAACAGAUUAAUUUGUAUCUACUAUCAAGAAUAUUAUACGCCCUUGCCAAAUUAGCCGUCGAAAAAGGUGCCAUUCCAAAACCGAAAGGAGAACCAUUCCCAAUUUUUGGAGCUCUUGUAUGGGGUAUAGUACUUUGGCUAUUCGAACAUCAUAGAUCGACUUUACAACCAUCACUUAAAUCUUCUAUGACGUACUUAUACGACGAUUCUAAUGUAUGGCAUUCAAUUAAAGAUUUCCUUCUAUUCAAUAAAAGCGCUAAUUGA